AUGGUUUACGAAAGCAAAGACAAUUCGGCACCAUUGAAACUAACUGGCUUUGGUGUUUCGAUGAAAUUACCGGGCGCAUCAGCAGCUGUACGAGCCGGUCGUGUCGGUGUGUCACAUUUCAUGGCUCCUGAAGUGGUUAAUAACAUGGAGUAUGGCACAAAAGCUGAUAUGUGGAGUGCUGGUGUAUUGCUGUACAUACUACUUUGUGGACGUUUACCAUUUGUCGGAACACGCCAAAAAGUUUAUGAAAGUAUCUCAGAGGGAAGAUAUACGGUAAUCACAUUACCUGAAAUGAAGGAACUUAACAGCCAGAUCACUCGCUUUUCUAGGAUUUUUCAUCACUAA